CAGGUGAUGGAAAAUGUUUCAGUUGACACGCUCUUUACUCUUUCAGGUUUAAAUUUUACAUUGGAACAAAGAAUUACGCUCUUCUUUCUGACUUUACUGUGGUACAUAAUGAUUCUGUUGGGAAAUAUUGCUAUUAUUGUUGCUAUCAUUGUGGAUAAAAACCUCCAGGAGCCAAUGUAUAUCUUCUUGUGUAAUCUAUGCUUCAAUGCAUUGUAUGGAACUGCCGGUUUUUACCCCAAAUUCCUCCUGGAUCUUCUAACAUCUCAUGUCAUUUCUUACGCUGGAUGCAUGCUACAGGGUUUUGUAAUACACUCAUCUGUUUGCGGAGAUUUUUCUAUCUUAGCCCUGAUGGCUUAUGACAGAUAUGUGGCUAUAUGUCGACCCCUAGUCUACCAGUCAGUUAUGACGAAGCAGAGAAUCUCCAUUUUUGUGCUUUUCUCCUGGCUCUUACCGCUUUAUUGUAUGUUUAUGAACACGGCAACAUUAUUAGGAUCAAGGUUAUGUGGCUCACACAUAAACAGAAUCUAUUGUGUUAACUGGAUGAUAACGUCUAUUACUUGCUCACCACCCAAAGCAAACUCUGCAGUUUCAUAUUUUAAUGUUUUGUUUUAUUUUGGCCAUUUUGUGUUUAUUUUUUGGUCUUACUUGUAUCUGAUAAGAACAGCCAUAUCAUCCAAAGAGAAGUGGGGGAAGUUCAUGCAGACGUGCUUGCCACAUUUAAUCUCUCUCAUCACUUUUACAACAACUGUCCUUUUAGAUUUAUUGUACAUGAGAUUUGGGUCACUUGAUUUAUCUCAGGAUCUCAAUAAUUUUAUGGCAAUGGAAUUUCUACUUAUUCCUCCGGCUAUGAAUCCAUUUAUUUAUGGAUUCAAACUGACCAAAAUCCGCAACAAAUUCUUGAAUUUAGUUUAUAUUAAAAGGAAAGAUGUGAAAGAAUGA